GAUUCCUUUUAAUGUAUGUUCUUUAAAAUUCACCGGUUUCACCAAAUGCUCUUAUCUCUCGGCAAAGAUCGUGUGAGUGUGCAGUUAUGCUUUGGAUGCUUCGCCAGAAUAGAUCGAGUCAGUUCCCGUUCUUUUCCGGUGCACUCGCUUUAUAUCUCCGACACACAAGGAAAGACGCGGUGGGAAGAAAGCAGCCCUAGCCUCUGUCCGGCCGAUCAUUCCGCUGGCAUCUCGCAUUCACGCCCUCGUUUGACUGCCGCUCGGGGAUGUAGUUGUAGAUACGUUAGUCUUAGUGGGUCGUUGGCUCCACCUCUUAUCUCCUUCUAUGACAUGCUGUUGUCGUUGCCAUAUUCUAUAUGUCACUUAGUCAUCUCUGCUUCGCUGCGGGUCAGCAUCUCCGAAAGAAACGGAGGAUUUCAUUCAGUGACUCCGCGAUCGCCCUCUAAACGAUCAAAAUAA